AUGGCGGCAGCUGGACCCGCACGCUCCCGGAGCGGAGCCCUCUGCCGGCUGCUCCUGCUGGCCCUCACGAUCUUAACAUUUGCAAGUGAUGCCUGCAAAGAAGUGACUCUACCUGUUUCCUCCAAACUAGAUGCUGGGAAAUUUGUUGGUAGAGUUAACCUGAAGGAGUGCUUUAAGUCUGCAAAUCGAAUUCGUUUAAGUGAUCCUGAUUUCCAAAUUUUAGAGGACGGUUCAGUCUAUACAACAAAUACUAUCCUUCUGUCCUCGGAGAAGAGACAUUUUACCAUAUUACUUUCUAACACUGAGAACCAAGAAGAGAAGAAGAUAUCUGUACUUUUAGAACAUCAAACAAAGGUACUAAAGAAAAGACAUUCUAAAGAAAAAGUUCUAAGACGUGCCAAGAGAAGAUGGGCUCCUAUUCCUUGUUCAAUGCUAGAGAAUUCCUUGGGUCCUUUCCCCCUUUUUCUUCAACAGGUUCAAUCUGACACAGCACAAAACUAUACCAUAUACUAUUCUAUAAGAGGGCCUGGAGUUGACAAAGAACCUCUAAAUUUGUUUUAUGUGGAGAGAGAUACUGGAAACCUGUAUUGCACUCGUCCUGUAGAUCGUGAGCAGUAUGAAUCUUUUGAGCUAAUUGCCUUUGCAACAACCCCAGAUGGGUAUACUCCAGAACUUCCACUGCCCCUAAUAAUCAAAAUAGAGGAUGAAAAUGAUAACUACCCAAUUUUUACAGAAACAACUUACAUUUUUACAAUUUUUGAAAAUUGCAAAAUUGGUUCUACUGUGGGACAGGUAUGCGCAACUGACAAGGAUGAGCCUGACACGCUGCACACGCGCCUGAAGUACUCUAUCCUUGGGCAGCUGCCAGCAACUCCCACCCUGUUUUCUAUGCAUCCAACUACAGGUGUGAUCACCACAUCAUCAUCUCAGCUAGACAGAGAGUUAAUUGAUAAAUACCAGUUAAAAAUAAAAGUACAAGACAUGGACGGUCAACACUUCGGCUUGCAAACGACUGCAACUUGUAUCAUUAAUAUUGAAGAUGUGAAUGACAACUUGCCAACAUUUACCCGUACUUCUUAUGUGACAUCAGUGGAAGAAAAUACAGUUGAUGUGGAAAUCUUACGGGUUACUGUUGAGGAUAAGGAUUUAGUCAAUACUGCUAACUGGAGAGCUAAUUAUACCAUUUUAAAGGGCAAUGAAAAUGGAAAUUUUAAAAUUGUAACAGAUCCCCAAACCAAUGAAGGAGUUCUAUGCGUAGUUAAGCCUCUGGAUUAUGAAGAAAGACAACAGGUGACCCUGCAAAUUGGUGUAGUUAAUGAAGCUCCAUAUUCUAGAGAGGCUAGUUCAAGAUCAACCAUGAGCACGGCGACAGUUACGGUCAGUGUACAAAAUCAAAAUGAGGGUCCUGAGUGUAGCCCUCCAGCCCAGUCUGUUAGAAUUAAAGAAAAUGCACCAACGGGAACAGUAAGCAAUGGAUAUAAAGCAUACAAUCCAGAAACAAGAAGUAGCAGUGGCAUAAGUUAUGAGAAAUUAAAUGAUCCAAAAGGGUGGGUGACCAUUGAUAAAAAUUCAGGAUCAAUCACAAUUUUCAGAAGCCUGGAUAGAGAGGCAGAAGACAUCAAAAGUGGUGUAUAUAAUGUUACGGUCCGUGCGUCAGACACAGAUGGGAGAACAUGUACCGGGACACUGGGAAUUAUACUUGAAGAUGUGAACGAUAACGGCCCAUCCAUACCUAAACGAACAGUGAUAAUCUGCAAAACCACCAUGUCAUCUGCAGAGAUUGGUGCUGUUGAUCCUGAUGAACCCAUAAAUGGCCCGCCCUUUGCCUUCACCUUGGAGAGUUCUGACGCAGAAGUACAGAGAAUGUGGAGACUGACAAAAAUUAAUGAUACAGCAGCACGUCUCUCCUAUCAGAAUGAUCCUCCAUUUGGAACAUAUGUAGUUCCUGUCAGAGUCACAGAUAGACUUGGCCAGUCUCAGGUCACUUCAUUGAAUGUUGUGCUUUGUGACUGUAUUACGGAAAGUGAUUGUACAACUCGCGUAGGUCCAAGGACUGGCAGCGGAGAAGUAAAACUUGGAACGUGGGCCAUCCUUGCAAUACUGUUGGGCAUAGCCUUGCUCUUUUGUAUCCUGUUUACAUUAGUCUGUGGGGUGUCUAGGGCAGGCAAACAACCAAAAGUAUUUCCUGAUGAUUUAGCCCAGCAGAACCUCAUUGUUUCAAACACUGAAGCUCCUGGAGAUGACAAAGUGUAUUCCACGAAUGGCUUCACAACCCAUACUGUGGGCACUUCUGCACAGGGCAUGUGUGGCACAUUAGGAUCAGGAGUCAGAAGUGGAGGGCAGGAGACCAUUGAAAUGGUGAAAGGAGGACACCAGGCCUUGGAGUCCUGCCAGGGGGCCGGGCAUCAUCACACUCUGGAUUCCUGCAGGGGAGGACGUGUGGAGAUGGACAACUGCAGAUACACUUACUCGGAGUGGCACAAUUUCACCCAGCCUCGUCUCGGUGAAAAGGUGCAUCUGUGUAAUAAGGAUGACGAUCAUAAUCACGCCCAAGACUAUGUCCUUACGUAUAACUACGAAGGAAAAGGAUCAGUGGCUGGUUCUGUAGGUUGUUGCAGUGAACGACAAGAAGAUGAUGGGCUUGAAUUUUUAGACCAUUUGGAACCCAAAUUUAGGACACUAGCAGAAGCAUGCAUAAAGAGAUGA